AUGAAGGUCAGUGGUAUGUCGAAUUUGGAAAUGCUUAACAAUGGAGGAGGAAAAAGAAGGGGACGAAAAAGAAAACCAGAUCCAGAUGUAGCAGCAGCGACUGGUGAGUCCAAUUCGAUCAUGAAAUAUCUUGCAAAUGAAAUCAAAUUAGACAUACUUUCUCGAUUACCAAUUCCUUCAGUAUUAAAUUGCAAGUUAGUUUGUAAAAAUUGGCGCGAAACUAUUCAAAACCCUACCUUCGGCAAUACUCAUCUCCGUCGAGCUUUAUUAGGGCAACAACAACAACAGCUUAAUGAUCGAGAUAGUAAGGUUAGUUUUCUGUUACUGACUUUAGAGGAGAAAACUCGAAUUUAUAAUGGAUAUUAUUUUGAGAAUAGAAAAUCCCCUGAAGAAAUUAUGGAACUCCAGAGAUAUGAAGAUCUUUGGUUAACUGAAGAAGGAAGAAGGCAAAUUGAGAGUGGGGAAUAUUUUGAGGAUAGGAAACCAAGUGUGGAAUUCAAAAUUAUCAAUCAUCCUCUUAUUAAGAAGCAUUCUGGCACAGGUGCCAUUGUAGGGUCUUGUAAUGGUUUGGUUUGUAUCUCUAUACCUUAUACACACCACAUUGAUGAUCCUAUAUACAUAUGUAAUCCUACCCUCGGAGAGAAGAUUACUCUUCCAAGAUUCACAUUGAUGGCUAAAAACAAGAACAAUGUUGAGUAUAAGAAAACUACUUAUUUGGAUGGUCAUCUUGUGAGCGGGUUUGGGUACAACACUAAAACUGAUGAAUUUAAAGUUGUCAGGAUCCACUAUUUUGUGUCAAGGAGAUCAGAGCUAUCAAAGGGUCAAGUUCAGGUUUAUACUCUUGGUAGUGGAAAGGAGAUUUGUAGCCCAUGGCGUGGUAUCCUUGCAGAUGGUGCGCUUCAUUGGUUAGAUGAAGAAUGGAAUAUUGUAGCAUUUGAAUUGGCAGAAGAGGAGUUCAGUUUGCUCCCAUCACCAACUUGUUUCCGUCCUGGUGUUGUGAACUUUUUCACACUGCAGGGCCAUAAUUUUAAUUUUGAUAUGAGGUUGUUGGCUUUAAGAGGGUGUGAUAUGGUGUUGGGUGUUGAUUGGAUGAAGAAUAUUAGUCUUGUGAAAUUUGAUUUCAAGAAGAUGACUAUAACCUUCACUAAAGAUGGAGAGGAAGUUACCUUAUUGGGUAACACUGAAGCUGCCAAAAUUUCUCUAAUGUCAGGAAGUGCUGGAAAAAGGUAUUUUAAUAAAGACAGACAUGGAAUAAUGGGUCAUCUAUAA